GACGCGACUUGGACCGCACGUUCGCGUCCGCAACGGAAAAUGCCGGCAAAAUAAUAUUACGAUAAACAAUAAGUGCAGUGAGUGAUACAAAUAAACAAUUAUUGUUCCAACAGUGCCUACAUAUAAUCCGCCUUCCUUGGACAAAUGUGAGCGGUGAAUGAUGCGCAGUGACACGGCGUACCGGGGGCUCUCGCAGCUCGUGGAGCUGGAUCGGGCUGCAGACCCUGGCGACAGGUUCUCCCUGCAGGACCUCAUCGGGGAGGGGACCUACGGAGAAGUCUACUGCGCAAAGGAUAAGAAAUCUGGAAAAAGAGUGGCAGUCAAGAUAUUGGAAAACAUAACUGAAAACAUAGAGGAAAUUGAAGAAGAGUUUCUUGUAUUCCGGGAUCUCUCUAGUCACCCAAACAUCCCGGAAUUCUUUGGACUGUUUCUAAAACGCGGAAUCACAUCUGAAGAUGACCAAAUAUGGUUUGUUAUGGAACUUUGUACCGGCGGUUCAGUGACGGAUCUAAGUGCUGGGUUACACGCACGCGGCAGUGAGCUGACGGAACCACAGCUGGCCUACGUACUCCGAGGAACCGUCAGAGCUUUAACCCACCUCCACGCCCACAGAUGUAUGCACCGAGAUGUGAAAGGCCAUAAUAUACUCCUGACCGAAAAUGCUGAAGUUAAGCUGGUCGAUUUUGGAGUAUCGUCACAUUUAGCUGCGACUGCGGCCAGGAGGAAUACAUCUGUUGGAACUCCAUAUUGGAUGGCACCUGAGGUAAUUGCUUGUGAACAACAGCUAGACCAAUCGUAUGACUGCAGGUGUGACGUCUGGUCUGUUGGUAUAACCGCAAUCGAAUUAGCAGAAGGAGAACCUCCUCUAUCUGGUCUUCAUCCGAUGCGAGCGCUGUUCCAAAUCCCUCGGAAUCCACCGCCAUCGUUGACGCACCCAGAACACUUCUCGACACAACUAACAGACUUUAUCUCUGAAUGUUUAGUUAAGGAUAUGAACCAAAGACCUUUUGCGCGAGAGCUUCUAGAGCACCCGUUACUACUAGCUGUUAGUAGUUUCGAGGACAAGAUUCGUAAAGAACUUCAGGCUGAGAUUAAAACACAAAGGGCUGAAGGACGAAAUUGCCGUGCUGCAGAAGCUACUACGAAAAGAGGAAAACUUAAGUCCCACCGGAAAGCUAAGCCAGAGAAAAUGUACACCGAUGACUUGGCAACACUUGAAGUUCUGACCGAGGAUGCUAUUGUCGAGCAGCUACAGAAGAGAUACGCCCAAAACCAAAUAUAUACGUACAUUGGCGAUAUUUUGGUUGCUGUUAACCCUUUUACAGAUGUAGGGAUUUAUACAUUCAAGAGUCAAGAGAUGUACCAAGGCCGUUGCAGGUCUGAUAACCCUCCACACAUAUACGCGGUAGCAGACGCGGCUCAUCAGGCCCUCAUGCAUCAAAGACAGAACCAAGCCAUUGUUAUAUCAGGCGAGAGCGGCGCUGGCAAGACUGAAUCGGCUAAUCUUUUGUUAAAACACUUGGUAUUCUUAUCUAAGACACAGAGUGGUAACUUGCAAGAGAAGCUCCUUCAAGUGAACCCAAUAAUGGAGGCGUUUGGUAACGCUCGGACGGGAAUCAAUGCUAAUAGCUCACGUUUCGGUAAAUACUUGGACAUGUCAAUGAUGAGGGUUGGGAAGAUAUCCGGAGCCAGGAUAACGGUUUAUCUGCUGGAGCAGUCACGAGUAGUUCACCAGGCCUUAGGCGAAAGCAACUUCCACGUAUUUUACUACCUCUACGAUGGCUUGGAGAGCGAGGGACGAUGGAGGAAGUUCUAUUUAGACGAACACUUGAAAUCAAGGCACAGAUAUCUGCAACCACUCUCGGAGACUUAUCGAGAACAUAACGUUCAUCGCUGGAGACAACUUAAUCAGGCUUUCAAGGUUGUAGGAUUCCAUGAAGACGAAGUUCAAGUAUUGUAUAAGAUGCUGGCUGCCAUAUUGCACUUGGGGGAUAUCGAGUUCGUGGAAACUGCGGGAGAACAUAACACAGACAAUAGAGCAACAAUUAUAGAUGCAGCACCCUUACAUAGGGCGUCCUGUCUCUUGGGUGUCGAAACUUCAGAUCUUCGGGAAUGCCUGACCAGUAGCAGUGUUGUGACGAAAGGGGAAACCAUCGCCAGAUAUUGCUCGCCAGUGGAAGCGGCUGUCGCCAGGGACGCGACUGCUAGAGGACUGUACGCGAGAGCGUUUGACAGAAUUGUUGAGAGGAUCAAUGCCUUACUUUGCCAUAAUCGUCCACAAAGCAACGAGCAAUUGUCAGUUGGAAUACUGGAUAUAUUCGGGUUUGAAAACUUCACAAGGAAUUCAUUUGAACAAUUAUGCAUAAACAUUGCAAACGAACAAAUACAAUACUACUUCAACCAGCAUAUCUUCACCUGGGAACAGCAAGAGUAUAUGGCGGAGGGAGUUCCUGUCGAUCUUGUGGAGUUUUCUGAUAAUAGACCAGUCUUGGAUAUGCUGCUGUCCAGACCAAUGGGCUUGUUGGCACUUCUUGAUGAAGAAAGUCGGUUUCCGAGGUCGACGGACAGGAGUCUUAUAGAGAAAUUUCAUCGAAACAUCAAAAGUAAACAUUACGUGCGGCCAAAAUCGGAUGCUGUAUGUUUUGCCGUGCAUCACUUCGCUGGCCGGGUCGUCUACCAAGCCGAUGGCUUCUUAGAGAAAAAUCGUAACUUCCUCCCGCCGGAAGUCGUCCAAUUGAUGAGGCAGAGCCAGUAUGACGUUAUCAGAUUCCUGUUCCAAUGCCCAAUCACGAAAACGGGAAAUCUGUACUCACCUCUGCAAGGAAACCUCGAUCCAAGAACAUUAGAUAUUUCCAUGGCAGUUGAUUUUCAGGACCGUUUCAAUAGCCGUGGACUCGCUUCCCAAUCUCGUGCUCAGCAAACCGUGGCUACAUACUUCCGAUACUCUUUGAUGGAGCUACUACAAAAGAUGGUCAGUGGAACUCCGCAGUUUGUCAGAUGUCUGAAACCCAACGACACUCGAUCCCCAAAGCACUUCGAUUCAACAAAGAUACUCAAACAACUGAGGUACACUGGAGUUUUGGAAACAAUAACAAUAAGACAAAAUGGAUUCUCGCAUCGGCUUACUUUUGAAGACUUCAUCAAAAGGUAUGGAUUCUUGGCGUUUAGCUACAAUGAGGAAAUCAAGCCGAAUCGGGACUCUUGUCGACUUUUGCUGGUCAGAUUGAGAAUGGAUGGUUGGGCAUUGGGCAAGUCAAAAGUCUUCCUCAAAUACUACCACGUUGAAACCCUGGCGAGAAUUUACGAAGAACAGAUCAAGAAAAUAGUGUUAGUCCAAGCGCGGGUUCGAGGUUGGAUGGCCCGGAGGCGGUACAGUCGGAUGCGCGCAGAGAUGGCAAUAUCGGCGCUCACACUACAGCGCCACGUGCGCGGCUGGCUCACCCGGAAGAGGCUACAGGAACGGCAGAGGCAGAUAGCGCGCGAGUUCCAGCGGGAACAGCUACUGGUGCAGGAAAACAUGAGGAAGCAGCAGAAAGGCGCACCAAAUAAGAAUAAGGCGAUGUUGAAAGCGAAGGCCUUAAAGCAGAUGACGUCAGAUAACAGUAAUGACGUCAGCAACAACAAAGAAAACAUCAAGAACGAUAAGGCUGCUAUUAUUAUACAAAGUCAUUACCGGGGCUACAACACUCGUCGCAAGCUGAAGGGGCAAGCGCCCCCUCCACCGGAUCAUGCCGCCCCACAACCCCCCAUUCAAGAUCUCCAGAAGCAUUCGGUGCUGGAACGCGCUGCUCAACUGCAGGUGUUCGCGGAUCGGUUACAUAACAAUAAUCAAGAGUUCCACAAAAACCUACGUCGCCACCAGCCCGGGAUUCGGCUAUCGGAUGUUAGCAACCCACCACAGGAAUACCGAGCACCGCCAGGCUUCGCUCUUGUUCCAGCCAUAGUCCGAGGGCAGCCUUCAAGACAUGAGGUUGAAGCCAACAGGCUCUCAAGGUCAAACAACUACGAAGAUAAGCCGCUACAGAACCGGCAGAACUUCCCCUGCAAUCGACAGUGCGGUGGAUUAGUCAGCGAGGAGAACUUGCAACGUAAUAAGAUAUUCCAACUGGUGAAACAAUCUCAGAAGACCGAAACGCCUGUCAAGCCAGUCUACAGUCCCACGUAUGACCCUGAAUCUGAUCUAAGAAAAAUUUUACGGAACUCUCCAGAAAUACUUGCGAAACCUACACUCAGUACAGAUGAUGACUACGGUCCGUUCAGAUUCAAACAAUUGUUGAGACCUACUGUGGGACCAACGGAGAGUCUGCGUAAAAGGAAAGUCCGUAAUUCUUCAGGACAAAAUCCUUGGUUGUCAGACAGCUCACAGGAUAGCAAUAGUUCUAAGGAACUCUAUAACAAACGUAGACCUCAAAUCAGUAUGGGUGUUUAUUAUAACUAAGUUAUUGCGAAAUUGUAAUUUAUGCUUGUAAAGAAACAUAACUCCUGUGCCUUAAGAACUUUAGUGAGUGAUUCUGUGAAUUCCCACAAUGACUGAUGUAGGUAGAUGAUGUGUUUGACACGUAAAACUUCUUGCUGUUAGACAACCGCUGAAAAAACAGGCCAGUUUUAUUACUUUAGUGUGCGUAAGAAGCUACGUCUUAAUCUCGCGAUUUACAAGUCACUUUGUGUUAGUGUGCGUGAAUUGCUCAAAAUAGAUGUUAACUUUCAACCUUAAUUUUUUUCGACGUUUUCCCAGCUGUCACAGUCUAUCUAGCCGAAUAAAUGAGCGUAAAAUGAAUUAGAUCGAUUGUAGUUCAAAAAAUUUUUUUUUCAAUUAAAAAAAAACUAGGAUCGAUUCUAUUCUGGCAAUACUUAUGAACAAAAAAAAUCUUUACAUUUUGGAUACUGUCCACAUUUCUCAUUUAACCUUUGAUAUUGUAAUAUACCGAAAGAAGACCGGGCCGAAAUGUGCGUGUGAAUAAUUAAAAAAAAAUAGCGGCACAAUCAAAGAAAGCGACUGACGUAUUGCGAGUUUAAGACGUAGCUCGUCAAUUACACUCUAAUGUAAUAAAUCUAGCCCCAGGCUCUAUCUAGCCUUAUAAAUUAUCUUAGAGUAGCCCUUUCAUCUCUUAACAAUGCCUGUGCAUUCUUCAUAUUAUAAGCAUACUGUUAUUUUUAUAUUAUGAAAGUAAGUCGUCUGUACCUACACGAAAUUUAAUAGGUAAUACCAAAAAAAUAGAAAAGUAAAUGUAUACGACUAUAGAUGUGAAAAAUCCUUAUUCUCGAACUUGGGUAUUGGAUAAAAAAUGAUCCCACGCAAUUAUGAUGACAGAUUUGCAUUUGAACUGAUCUAGCUCAAAUGUUAACCCUUAUCGUAAGGUUAUAGUAGUUUAUGCAACUGUUGUGUAAUAAGGGGUAUUACAACACGAAUGUGGGUUCAUGUGGAUAAUAGUAUCACAUGAGUGUUUUAAUACCUAAUUAUCAAUAGUCGCAUAGAACACUUUAUCUAUACCCAUAAUAUAAAUACUCUAUAAAAGAUUCUGAAAUAGUUAGCUUACUGCUAACAUUAAAAAAGCCAGUCCUAGUAACCAUUACAUCAUCCAAACGAGUGUUGUAAUGUUGUACUCAAUUUAAUUACAACACUCCUUUGGAUGAUGUAAUGGUUAUUAGGACAUUGGGUGGGUGUUUGAAUGUUGGCAAUAAGCUAACUGUUUUAGGAUCUUUAAUAGAGGGUUAAAAGAAUGGUUAAAUAUAUUUUUAUCAUUAUAUUAUAUAAUAAAUCAUUACACAAAAAAAGUACCGAUAAAACUCCUUUUAAUAAACAUUUAAUCGUUCAUUCUCGUUAUUUGUAAGUACUACUACCAAAGCAAAUAUUAUAUAAAACACGUUAAAUUACUUUUAAUUCCUAGUGUAAAUAAGUAUAUUGUAUAAUAUGAUUUAUGACUUCACGUUACUAAUUAUAUGCGAGUGUAUAAUUAGGCUAUACUUACAAUAAUCUGAUUAGCAAUAUUAUUGCGAAUGUUAUUUCCCGAAUUUUCAGAUAAUAUACAAAAGUAUCUAUGAUAAAUUCGUAUAGGGAAUACUAUAUUUUGUUGAAUUAUCAAUUUAUUUAUAUAUUAUUUUUAAAAUUGUGAAUUUUAAGCUAUGUUUACGGUUUUUUUUGUUUUAUAUAAAAUAAAUUUCGUUACCUUCUCAAUCAAUGAAUCAUGUUGAUAAAUCAUUGACUAGUUAUGUGAUUUUGUGCCAAUGAUUAUAGUAAGAGUUGAUAAUUAUAUAGGUUUAAUUGUGAUUAAUAAACUGUGUUUAUGAA